AUGGCGCCUGCCCUGUCCGCUUCCAACUUCUCGUUGCCACUGCCGUCGUGGUUACAGCCGCCUAGUUCUCGUGUCGCCCACUAUGAUCGAAAGCGCAAGAAGACUGAAGAUUGGACCGAUGAUGAGGGGGACACGACAGAUGCUGCGUCGGUAACGGACUCGGCUCCUCCGGAUCCGCCUCUGAUCCUGACGCCGAACGAGUCCCAUCAAUAUCGAAUCGCCGGUCUCUCCUUCAACCAGGAAUUGCCGAGUGGUAAUUUUCCCCAUGGACCUGGGUACGACAAGGACGAGGUGACCAUCAGAGGCAAUAUGCCGGGUCAGCUCCUCAGAAGUCUGCCUUAUUUAGAUAUCCCUAUCUAUCCUCCUCAGUCCGCAGCAUACCAAGGCAGCAUUCGCCUGCAGCAUCUCUCUGUAUUGACUGCCAUCUUACACCGUUCUUUGCUCCAAGGGGACUAUACUCGAGCCGGGAGAGCAUGGGGGCUCUUAUUACGUGACGAGUUCAGAGGAAUGCCCAUGGAUGUGCGCAGCGAAGGCAGAUGGGGAAUUGGCGCUGAGAUUUUGCUGCGCCGAGGUCCGCCAGAAGCUUCGGGGGAUGAUCAUCACUCGUCGCUCAACGAUCUCAGUAAGCGCAGUACUACGUCGCCAUUUUCCAAAAAGGGAUUUGCGGAAGCGAAAGAGUAUUACGAAAGGCUGAUUUUGAACCACCCUUUUUCGAAAACACACCCAAACUCUAUCUCGGCUUUGCAUUUCUAUCCUGCAAUGUUUGGGUUAUGGGUUUAUGUUACGCAGGAAGAGAGCAAAAUAGCAAGGAAGAACUUGCUCGACCGUGAAGAGUCCUCUGAGGAGCUUUCGGACGAGGAAGACUCUUCAAUGGAUUUUGAACGCCGGGAGGCGGCCAAGAGACACGCUCUUACUGCGACAGUCCGCGCGCAGGAACUAGACCAAGCACAGCAAAUUGCCACACGCAUGGACAUGCUCCUCGGAUCGCCUCCUUACGCCGACUCUCCGCAGUUACUGGAACUUCGAGGCAUGGUGUCUCUUUGGAUUGGUGACUUGAUUAUCUCUUCCUUGCCAACACCCGUCGAGGACCUCGAUUAUGAGAAUAGUCCUGAUACAAUGGCGAUCGACAGUACGCCUGGUUCCCUGGAGACAAGGCGUGCACAAAGACUUGCGAUGGAACAAAAGCAAGCGGAGGUGGACAAGUCCAAGGAGUUUUUAGAGAAGGCGAAGGAACGUGGAAGGAGUGUUGCGUACAAUCUGGAGCAUUUCCAUAUUCACGAUUCCUCUCCAUCUAUGGACUUGAUGGAUGAUGCGUAA